AAACAAACCUUACAAGGCCCACUGUGCCCAGUCCUAUGUCCACACGCCACUGAAGCCCUUUGCCUUUGAGCCACCCUACAACACUGAUGCCAAGACAUACUCCCACUCCACGGCCACCAACAUUUACGACUAUGAGGAGGAAUUGGCCUACGCCUACGACAGCCUGGAGUUUGGAGGGCUCACUGUACCUGAGCUUGACAACUACAUCAACACAAACAUCAAAAACAAGAACCGAAUCUUUGUGGGCAUUCAGCUCCAUGGAAUCAAGAAAUCUGGACUUGCUCGCAUCUACAUCACAUCACCUGGAACACAAAAGUAUUAUGUUGGGCGGUUUGCCAUCCUUGGUGGACCAUCCGAGAUGCCUUGGAGAUAUGACCGUCUGUAUAAACAUGAGAUCACAGAGGCACUAGAUACACUGAAGCUGCACUGGGCUCAGCCCUACAAUGUGACAGUAGAGAUUGAAGAGUUUGAUGGAACCCCUAUCAGUUCUGAGCAGUUUGGACACCUAGAGAUAAGCUUCCAGCCAGCUAGAUAUACCAAAGUAGUCACAGAAGAGCACAUCCACACCAGAAAGGAUGUCAACCAUCUGACUGCCGAGGAGGAACUUGACCUUCGCCAUGCCUUGACCUACCUGGAACAAGACAAAUCCAUUGCUGGCUACCAGACACUGGGUCGUUACCAUGGAUCCACAAACUGGUGCCCCAAUCCCAGUGCUGAGAAAAAAGUAGCAUGCUGCCCACAUGGAAUGCUAAUUUUCCCUCACUGGCACAGACUUCUAGUUGUUCAAUUUGAGAAUGCCCUGCGCAGUCACGGCUACCACGGAGCAGUGCCUUAUUGGGACUGGACUUUGCCACAAACUUCACUCCCUGAGCUGGUCACUGCAGAGAAAUAUCUGGACCCAGGCACCAACCAAGAAGUGGUCAAUCCUUUCUUCAGUGCUCAUAUUGAUGAUGCCAAUGCAGACACCGUGAGGUCAGUUAGUGCGGAUCUCUUUGAGAAGCCCAAAUUUGGAGAAUACACCAAACUUGCGAGACAGGUGCUGCUGGCGUUUGAGCAAGAGGACUUCUGUGACUUUGAGGUUCAGUAUGAGAUCUCCCACAACUACAUUCAUGCCUUGGUUGGAGGCUCUAGCAAAUAUUCCCUGGCUUCCCUGGCAUUCACAGCCUAUGACCCUCUCUUCUACCUUCACCACUCCAACACAGACAGGCUGUGGGCAAUCUGGCAGGCCCUUCAGAAACAUCGUGGCAAGCAGUUCAACAGGGCUAACUGUGCCAUUGGGCAGCUGAGAAAACCUCUGGCACCUUUCAGCCUGACCUCUGAUGUUAACCCCGACCCAGUUACCAGAGAGCAUGCCGAACCAGCUCAGGUAUUUGACUACAAGAAAAACUUCUUGUAUGACUAUGACAGUCUGGAGUUUAACGGACUGACCAUUCCACAACUGGAACGGGUGAUUCAACAGAACAAGGCAGAAGAUCGAGUCUUUGCUGGCUUUAUUCUGCAUGGGAUCCAGCACUCGGCCCUCGUCAAGUUCUCCAUCUGCAGGAGAGCUGACGAUUGUGAUUACAAGGCUGGGGAAUUCUACAUCCUUGGGGAUGUGAACGAGAAGCCAUGGUCCUAUGAUAGGCUGUUCAAAUAUGAGAUCACUGAACAACUGGCCAGACUUAAUCUGCACUAUGAUGAUCGCUACACCAUCGCAUACCAGAUUUUAGACCUUGAUGGCAAUGAUCUAGGCCAGUUAUUCCCACAACCAACAGUCAUCCAUGAAGUAGGAACCAGUCACAUUUACGGACAAGAAUACCGACCAGCAGUGACUGCUGCCUCUCAGAUACGUCGUAACUUGGACAAUCUCAGUGAUGGAGAGAUAGAAAGUCUGCGUGCAGCUUUCCUGGCAAUACAGAAUAAUAGUAUUUACCAAAAUAUUGCGUCUUACCAUGGCAAGCCAGGACUCUGUGAACAUGAGGGACACAAGGUUGCAUGCUGUGUCCAUGGCAAACCAACUUUCCCAUCUUGGCAUCGACUGUAUGUGGAACUGGUUGAGCAGGCUCUCUUGCAUCAUGGAUCAUCUGUACCAGUUCCAUACUGGGACUGGAUCAGCCCCAUACCAAAGUUGCCCAAACUCAUCACCAAGGCAACAUACUUUAACUCACGGCAGCAGAGGUUUGACCCCAACCCUUUCUUCAGUGGGCAAGUAGCUGGUGAGAACGCUGUGACUACCAGAGACCCCCAGCCAGAACUGUUCAACAAUGAUUACUUCCUGGAGCAGGCUCUGUUUGCUUUGGAGCAGGACCACUACUGUGACUUUGAGAUCCAGUUUGAGAUUGUCCACAACGCGCUACAUUCAUGGCUUGGAGGUCAUGCUCGCUACUCCAUGUCAUCGCUGGACUAUGCCGCCUUUGAUCCUGUCUUCUUUCUUCACCAUGCAAAUACAGACAGGCUGUGGGCCAUCUGGCAAGAGCUGCAACGUUACAGAGGCUUGCCUUACAAUGAGGCCGACUGUGCCAUCAAUCUGAUGAGAAAACCAUUGAGACCAUUUUCUGAUGAGACCAACACAGAUGAUCUAACCAAGAAAUACAGCCGCCCCAUUGACACCUUCGACUACCGCAACCACUUCCACUAUGAGUACGACAGUCUGGAGUUCAACCACCUUAGCAUCCCUGAGCUAGAGGAGCUUAUCCAAAGUCGAAGAAGGAAUGGACGUGUAUUUGCCGGAUUCCUCAUCCACAAUAUUGGCCUGUCAGCGGAUGUGGACAUUUAUGUCUGCGUGCCUGUGGGAGAUACUGGAAAACAGAACUGUGAUCACAAGGCUGGUACAUUCUCUGUCCUUGGUGGUGAAACCGAAAUGCCCUUUGAGUUUGAUCGUCUGUUCAAAAUCGACAUCACAAGGACUGUCCGGGAACUGGGACUCAAGCUGGACAAUGCAGCUGACUUCCAGCUGAAGGUCGAAGUUCGGGCACCCAAUGGCAGCCAACUUGAUCCACACAUUCUACAUGAUCCAUCCAUCAUUUAUAUUCCUGGCACAGAUGAAGUGGAGAACCCAGACGGCAGCAUCAGCUCAUAUGUGGUCAGGAAGAAUACUGACUCCCUGAGUCCCCUAGAAGGCUACCAGUUGGCCAAGGCUCUGAUUGCUCUCAAGGAGGACAGCUCAGCAGAUGGUUACCAAGCUAUCGCAACAUUCCACGCUAUCCCCCCGCUCUGCCCCAGCCCUACAGCAAGCCGUAGAUAUGCUUGCUGUAUACACGGAGGCCCUUCCUUCCUCCAGUGGCAUCGUCUGUACACUGUGCAGUUUGAAGAUGCCCUUAAACGGCACGGAUCUCCAGUGGGUGUGCCCUAUUGGGACUGGACACGGGUUACUCAACAGUUGCCUCGCACUUUCACAUAUGAGAAUUACACAGAUCCCUUCACCCAUCACUGGACUCUGAAUCCAUUCUUCGGGGGCAGAGUUGAAUUUGAGAAUGUGAACACAGAAAGAGAUAUCCAGGAAGACAAGCUGUUCAAACGAGGACCCCAUGGCUGGGACACAUGGCUCUACACUCAAGUCCUGUACGCGUUAGAACAAGAAGACUUCUGCGACUUUGAAGUUCAGCUGGAGAUAGCCCAUAAUGCCAUCCAUUCUUGGAUCGGAGGCUCCAAGGAACACUCCCUGGCCCAUCUGCAUUAUGCAUCCUAUGAUCCUGCAUUCUUUGUCCACCACUCCAACACAGACAGGCUGUUUGCUGUGUGGCAGGCACUCCAGAAAUAUAGAGGAAAUAAAUACAAUGAGGCUAACUGUGCCCUAGAGCAACAACGGGAACCUUUGAAGCCAUUCAGUUUUGGACCUCCAUACAACUUGAACAAUGCUACCCUUGAGUACUCCCGCCCACAAGACACGUUUUUUGUGGGCAUGAACAUUGCCACACUGGAUGCUUACAUCAAGGAGAGGAAAGAACAUGACAGAGUCUUUGCAGGUAUAUCAGUUGAGCAUUUCCCUAUCUCUUUAUUCUUCUUCUUUAUCUGCAAUGCUGCAGAAGACAAUUGUUUCGAAGGAGGCUACUUCACCAUUCUUGGUGGAUCUGCUGAGAUGCCAUGGCAGUUUGACAGACUGUACAAGUAUGAGAUAACUGACCAGGUGAGUAAUGGUUGUCUGAGAAUAACUGUCCAAGUAAACA